GACUCCGACCGUCUCGCCGACAGGUACCCGUGAGCCGGCCCGGGAAGCCUCCGGGCGCGCGGCAACAUGGCUUCCCCUCCCCACCAGCAGCUGCUGCCGCACCACAGCACCGAGGUGAGCUGUGACUCCAGCGGCGACAGCAACAGCGUGAGGGUCAGAAUCAGCCCCAAGCAGCUGGCCUCCAGCAGCCAGCCCAAGCACUGCAAGUACAGCAUCUCCUCCAGCUGCAGCAGCUCGGGGGACUCCGGGGGCGCGCCCCGCAGAGUGGGCGGCGGGGGCCGCCUGCGCCGGCAGCGGCGGCUGCCCCAGCUGUUCGAGCGGGCCUCGCGCCGCUGGUGGGACCCGCGGUUCGACUCGGUGAACCUGGAGGAGGCUUGCCUGGAGCGCUGCUUCCCGCAGACCCAGCGCCGCUUCCAGUGCGCGCUCUUCUACAUCGGCUUCGCCUGCCUGCUCUGGAGCGUCUACUUCGGGGUGCACAUGCGGGCCAGACUGAUGGCCACCGUGGCCCCGGCGCUGUGCUUCCUCCUGGUGUGCGCCGGCUUUUUCCUGUUCACCUUCACCAAGCUGUACGCGCGGCACUACGUGUGGACCUCGCUGGUUCUCACCCUCCUGGUGUGCGCCCUGACCCUGGCCACGCAGUUCCAGGUCCUGGCGCCUGACCCCGACGCAGGGCUCUUGGACGGCGCCAACCGCUCGCGCGCCGCCCGGCCCGCGGACACUUGCCUGUCGCAGGUGGGGGGCUUCUCCAUGUGCAUCGAAGUGCUCUUUCUGCUCUACGCCGUCAUGCACCUGCCUUUGUACUUGAGUGUGUUUCUGGGGGUGGCCUACUCUGUUCUGUUCGAGACCUUUGGCUAUCACUUCCGAGACGAACACUGCUUCCCCUCGCCCGGGGCCGGGGCCUGGCCCUGGGAGCUGCUGAGCCGGGCCCUGCUCCAUGUCUGCGUCCACGCCAUCGGCAUCCACCUGUUCAUCAUGUCCCAGGUGAGAUCCCGGAGCACCUUCCUCAAGGUGGGCCAGUCCAUCAUGCACGGGAAGGACCUGGAGGUGGAAAAAGCCCUCAAGGAGAGGAUGAUUCACUCGGUGAUGCCCAGGAUCAUCGCGGACGACCUGAUGAGACAGGGGGACGAGGAGAGCGAGAGCGCAGUCAGAAGGCACGCUACCUCCAGCCCCAAGAGCCGCAAGAAGAAGUCCUCCGCGCAGAAAGCCCCGAUCGCCUUCCGCCCCUUCAAGAUGCAGCAGAUCGAAGACGUCAGCAUUCUGUUCGCAGACAUCGUGGGCUUCACCAAGAUGAGCGCCAACAAGUCCGCCCACGCCCUGGUGGGCCUCCUCAACGACCUGUUUGGGCGCUUCGACCGCCUGUGUGAGGAGACCAAGUGCGAGAAGAUCAGCACGCUGGGGGACUGCUACUACUGCGUGGCCGGCUGCCCCGAGCCCCGCGCCGACCACGCCUACUGCUGCAUCGAGAUGGGCCUGGGCAUGAUCCGCGCCAUCGAGCAGUUCUGCCAGGAGAAGAAGGAGAUGGUGAACAUGCGCGUGGGGGUGCACACGGGCACCGUCCUGUGCGGCAUCCUGGGCAUGAGGCGGUUUAAAUUCGACGUGUGGUCCAACGACGUGAACUUGGCCAACCUCAUGGAGCAGCUGGGGGUGGCCGGCAAGGUGCACAUUUCCGAGGCCACCGCCAAAUACCUAGACGACCGGUACGAGAUGGAGGACGGGAAGGUCUUCGAGCGCCUGGGGCAGAGCGUGGUGGCCGACCAGUUGAAAGGUUUGAAGACUUACCUGAUAGCGGGGCAGAGAGCCAAGGAGCCUCGGUGCAGCUGCUCAGGGGCCUCGCUUUCUGGCCUCGAGGCCAGCGACGGCUCACGGGUGUCCGCAGGCCCUAGGGGACAGGGGACAGCGUCGCCAGGGAGUGUCAGUGACUUGGCCCAGGCUGUCAAAACCUUUGAUAAUCUUAAGGCCUGCCCCUCGUGCGGAAUCGCGCUCGCGCCCCAGGCGGAAGCGGGUGCCGAGGGAGGGACGGUCCGGAACGGCGGCCACGAGGAGCAGAGAGGCAGCAGCAAGGCUUCCGGAGGGCCCACUUCCAAAACUCACAACGGCCUGCUGAGCCCGCCCCCGGAGGAGAAGCUCACCAACAGCCAGACCUCGCUGUGUGAGAUCUUGCAGGAGAAGGGCAAGUGGGCCGGCGUGAGCCUGGACCAGUCCGCCCUGCUGCCCCUGAGGUUCAAGAACAUCCGGGAGAAGACGGACGCCCAUUUCGUGGACGUGAUCAAGGAGGACAGCCUGAUGAAAGAUUAUUUUUUUAAGCCACCCAUUAACCAGUUCAGCUUGAACUUCCUGGACCGGGAGCUGGAGCGCGCCUACAGGAGCAGCUAUCAGCAGGAGGUGGCGAAGAAUUCUCCCGCCAAGACCUUUGCCAGCGCCACCUUCAGCUCCCUCCUGGACGUGUUUCUGUCAACCACCGUGUUUCUGAUUCUCUCCACCACCUGCUUCCUGAAGUAUGGGGCCGCCAGCACGCCGCCCCCACCCGCAGCCCUUGGGGUCUUCGGGGCGGCCCUGCUGCUGGAGGUGCUGACCCUCGUUGUCUCCAUCAGGCUCACAGCUGCCCGUGCAGUGCUCACAGGACGAGAGGCACAGACGGCCCUGCUGACCCCCGUCUCGCCGGGCCCCCAGCCCAGCCUGGCCCUGUCACGCCCCGUCUCUGUCCCCUGCUCCCACUUCGCCGUCUUCGCGGGCUCGGCCGUCCUGACCGCCACCGUGCACUACUGCAACUUCUGCCAGCUCAGCUCCUGGAUGCGCUCCGCCCUGGCCACCGUCGUGGGCGCCGGGCCCCUGCUCCUGCUCCACGUCUCCCUGUGCCCCGACAGUUCCACGGUGAUUUCACACCUCGAUGCCGCACAGAACUUCAGCUCCGAGAGGACCCGGUGCGGCGGCUCCCUGCCGCGGGACGGCCGGCUGCCGGCCAGCCUGCUCGGCCAGGAGGUGAUCCUGGUCUUCUUCCUGCUGCUCCUGCUGGUCUGGUUCCUGAACCGGGAGUUCGAGGUCAGCUACCGCCUGCACUACCACGGGGACGUGGAGGCCGACCUGCACCGCACCAAGAUCCAGAGCAUGCGGGACCAGGCCGACUGGCUGCUCAGGAACAUCAUCCCCUACCACGUGGCCGAGCAGCUCAAGGUGUCGCAGACCUACUCCAAGAACCACGACAGCGGGGCCGUCAUCUUCGCCAGCAUCGUCAACUUCAGCGAGUUCUACGAGGAGAACUACGAGGGCGGCAAGGAGUGCUACCGCGUGCUCAACGAGCUCAUCGGCGACUUCGACGAGCUGCUGGGCCGGCCGGCCUACGGCGGCAUCGAGAAGAUCAAGACCAUCGGGGCCACGUACAUGGCGGCGGCGGGGCUCAACGCCACGCAGGCGCAGGACGGCGGCCGCCCGCAGGCGCACCUGCAGCUGCUGUUCGAGUUCGCCCGGGAGAUGAUGCGCGUGGUGGACGACUUCAACAGCAACAUGCUGUGGUUCAACUUCAAGCUGCGCGUGGGCUUCAACCACGGGCCCCUCACGGCCGGCGUCAUCGGCACCACCAAGCUGCUCUACGACAUCUGGGGCGACACCGUCAACAUCGCCAGCCGCAUGGACACCACCGGCGUGGAGUGCCGCAUCCAGGUGAGCGAGGAGAGUUACCGCGCGCUGAGCCGGAUGGGCUACGAGUUCGACUACCGGGGCACGGUGAACGUCAAGGGCAAGGGCCAGAUGAAGACCUACCUGUACCCCCGGUGCUCGGACAGCGGGCUCGUGCCCCAGCACCAGCUGUCCAUCUCCCCGGACAUCCGAGUCCAGGUGGACGGCAGCAUCGGGCGGUCCCCCACGGACGAGAUCGCCAGCCUGGUGCCCUCUGUCCAGGGCUCCGACAGGGCCUCGCUGGGCUCUGACAGCGGCGUGCCCGCCAGAGACGCCCCGCCGGCCGCCAGGAGGCUCUGGAGGGACCCCGGCAGGUCCAAGCUGACGUCCAAGCUGACGUCCAAGAGGUUCCAGUGCAGAGGUCAAGCCCGCACCCCGGCCCCCGGCCGCCACCACUCGCCAUACUGUCCAGAGAUGUUCUCGGGCGUGUUCGGAAGCGCCCCAAAGCGGGAGCGCCAGAAUCCGUCACCACCGGGGCGGCGAGGGGCCUGCGCGGCGCUGGAAAUGGUGGCCGGCACUGGCCGGGCUCGGCGGUCGGAGACCCCAGCAGCCGAGCUGCUGGGCUGGGGCUUCCAGGGGGACAGUCCCCAGCUGCUGCCGUUCCUGGGGCCGGACAGGGCCCCCCGCUUCUGCUUGGGAGCGGAGUCACAGUUCCGUUCCAGGCCCUGUGGCAAGCCCGGUGACUCCCGGCUCAGGCCCGGGGGCUCCAGUCCCGAGGCUUUAUGUGCCCGGAGGAGGCCUGGGCUGGACACGGGCGGCCAGUCACAGCUGCCCUCAGGCCCCGGCCGGGACGCGACGGCGACGUGGCGCUCCCUAAGGAGCCCCCCAGGCCAGCCAGGUGGCGGGCGGCGAGGCGCCUGGUCUGCGUGGCCCGGCACCCCGUUUGAGUGCAGGCCGCGCCAGGCGCGCGAGGCAGGUGCCCUGGGCACCGUCGCGCUGCAGAGCCUCAGCGGUCUGGCCGGGCACCGCGGAUGCGCGCACGUUGGAGGGCCCGUGGCUUUCUCUGCUGCUCCGGGGGCCCCGACCACCCCCGCGUCCUCACAGGCCCACGAUGCCCCGCCUGAUCGUGCCAGGGAAGGGGUCACGCGGCCCGGCGGUCUCCAUCGGGGCCUUCACUCGCACCUCCUGACCCCAAGUUCUUCACACGCUGCGGUGGACAGCGCCAUGAGCCAGUGCCGGGGUGCCGGGGACCUCUGGACAAGUGUGGGGGGCACGCGUGGCUGUGGCAAGUGGAACCGAGAGACUCGCCGGCCCAGGAAGGACGAGGGUGCCUGGUGGGCCCCGGAGCUGGGCCCGCCUCAGGUCAGGUCGGACUCCAGGGCGGCGGCGGGCAAGGGCUUGGCCACCAGGGACCCUGCAGGAGCGGUGGGCCCGGUGGGCUCUGCCUUGGCCCCCGCUGGCCAGGUGACCCUGGGGAGUGGGUCUCAGAGCCCCCAUCUGCCCGUGGCGCAGCACCGGGAGCCUCCGAGAAGCCCGGGGUGGUGGUGGCCACGGCCUGAGAGCGGCCAGUGCAGUGCCAGCUGGGUGGCUGCGGGCGCCAGGCUGGACCAGGAACUGGGGGACGCCCGGCUCACCCCCCUGCUGCAGAGCUGCCGUUUUGAGCCCCGAGGCGUCCCGAUGUUUACCGAGAUGCCAAGGGUGACCCCGGCUCUAACCUCCAGUCCCGCCCACGGCACGGUCUGUCCCUCCUCGCUGACCAGGGCAGAUGCAGCUGGCAUGCAGCCUGCAGACACAGCGGUGCCCACUCUCCCUCGGUGGGACCCCAGUGGCAGCGGCCAGGAGGGUGGCCAGGACAGUCCCCUGGGCCAGGCGGUCCCGGGGGGCCUGCUGCUGGGGCCCCUUGAGUCAGGGUGCCGCCGGGGUCUCUGCUGCAGGCGGUGA